CACUCUUUAAGCAACAUUUGAGAAUUUAAAUGACCGCCUUUACCUAACUUUACUGCACGUAACGUACGGUCCUCUUGCCUUUAACACCAAGAUCCAUUGAAAAACUCAUAUUGGUAUUCUGUACCGCUUUUAGGAGAGUAUGGGAAAUUGUGAUGAACAAAAAAAGCAAAGAUGGGGAGGUCAGAUCCUAUUUAGUUUCCUGCUAAUUGCACUGGAAAGUUUAAUUCGUAUUUGCACAUUAAUUCUGCCUUCUCCCUUACGAAUUUGGUUCUAUGAACAAUCCAGAAAAAUUUACCUGCGGUUCCUUCCCGAGUUUAUGGAAAACAAUGAAGUGAGUCAAAUGACUACAGCAAGAGAUACCGUCGAUUUAUGCCAACUCCAUGGAUAUGAUUUGGAAGAACAUUUUGUGCGAACCCCAGAUGGCUACCUGCUUUGCGCACAGCGUAUCUACAAGGUCCAAGAUCAGGAAAGUAUAUCAAAGUUAGCGUAUAAGCCACCUGUACUUUUUAUCCAUGGGCUGCUUAUGAAUUCCGAGAUUUGGGUUUGCAACAUCAAGAAAGAGGACUCUAUUCCCUUCGCGCUCGUUGAGCAAGGCUACGACGUAUGGCUAGGAAACCUCCGAGGGAACAAAUAUAGCAAGAAAAAUGUCAAAUAUGGUUCUGAAAACCGGGAGUUUUGGGAUUUCACUCUGGACAGCAUAGCGAUCUUCGAUAUACCUGCAACUGUCAGGUAUAUACUUUCUGUGAACAAAUCCGAUUCAGUCGGGAUUGUUGGGUUUUCUCAGGGUGCUAUCAUGGCGUUUGCUGCAUUGUCCAUCGACACAGAACUUCGUAAAUCUGUCCGGACUUUCAUCGCACUUUCGCCUGCUAUUUUUCCAAAGAAAUACAGCAGUAAAACGGUUAAUUCAAUUAUUCACUCUAAUAGCCAGCUAUUAUAUUUGAUGUUUGGUACAAACUCGAUGCUUGCAUCUACUAUUUUCUGGCAGGCAGUCCUGUAUCCUCCGGUGUUUUCUAAAAUUGUGGAUACCUUUUUACGUUAUUUUAUGAAUUGGAGUGGGAAAAAUAUCUCUGAAGAACAAAAAAUCGUAGGCUAUUCACAUUUAUAUUCUUAUACUUCAGUCAAAUGCUUUGUACAUUGGGCCCAAAUUAUGAAAAAUAAAGUGCUACAAAUGUAUGAUGACAGUCCUGGUAUUAAACCAAGCUAUUAUACAAAUUUGAAUCGGAUUGCUCGGUAUCCUAUUGAAAACAUCCGGCUUCCCAUUAUCUUGAUUUAUGGUAGCGAUGAUAAUUUGGUGAAUAUUGAUGCUUUAAAAACUAGUCUUCCUCCAUUGUCUCAGUGCGUUCAGAUCCCUCACUAUGAACACUUGGAUAUGCUAAUCGGCGAUAAAAGAAAGGACAUAGUCAUCAAUCAGGUAGCUGAGCAAUUAAAUCAUAUAGCAGCAGGGAAUUAUUUUGAGACUAUUAAAGAGGAAUUUGGGCUCGCAUCUGAUAUAAUUGACGGUUUGAUGACUUCUUCAUGAGCAAGGAGUUUUGAACUUAUUGAUGUGAUGUAUUCAUUAUUUAUGUUUAUUGCUCGCUGUGAUACUUGUUUUCUCACGCUAAUGUCUUUUAUUAUUUUGAUCAUUGUAUUUAUUUAAAAGUAAUACACUUGUUUUUCUCGUAUAUUUUACUCGUUACGAAAUUACUGAGCUAUAUCGGGGUAAAUUAGAGUUCGAAUUGUAAAUCAUAACAAAAAAGAUAUGCUAAAUUAAGAGAGGAG